AUGUCAGCCCCCAAUAACGACAAAAACUGCACCUCCCGCAACCAAGACAAGACACCAGCCACGAAUAUAACCUCGCAUCCCACCUUCAGUCCCGCCAGCUCUCCCAAUAAACACAACACUACCGCCCCCGAGCCUCAGCAACCCGACACCCCCGUCCUGCUCCAGCGGCAACAACACCCCCCGCCCAGCUUCGACAUUGCCCAUCACGGAUGGGACGCCUCCAACGUGUCCACCGCAAAAUGCGAUCUCUGCCACCGCCAGCGCUGCGGCACGCUGCAAAAAUGCCGUGUCUGCAAGCUCUCCAUCUGCCGCGAGUGCUGCGUUAAUGGCCGCCUGCAAAACGACCGCAGACAUGCCAUCGAUGCCGCCGCCGUGGACUGGGAUGUGCCGCCCAACGUUCGCAAGCGGAAACGCCAGGCCAUGGGGAGCGGAGAGGAGACACCACUGGGAUCUAAGAGACAGAAGGCCGGCGUGAGACAAAGGCGAAGUCGUGGACAACAGUAUGGGCGAGAGGUCGUGGCUUCUUCCGUCGCGGGUUUAGACGGGGCUGCCCAAACUCUUGAUGGCGAGGUUCCCUGGAAUCGGGAAUAUGGCCAUGUUGAUAAUAUGGAGCCACGGCUUUCCGUCGCUCCAGCGUCGUACUAUCCCUCCGUCGGUCAAGCUCAGCACACGGAGGCCAUCUCGCCAAAGUACAGUGCUCACUAUGAACUGGAGACAGUCAGUUCGAGCUAUAGAAGGCUGCCUACCAUUGAAGAAGUCCGCAGCGGUGAUGAAGAGUACCUGGCUUCUCUUGAAAGCGAGCACUAUUCUGCAGCUUCUGCUCCGGGGCUGCCAUCUCGCCGUCCCGUUCUUCCGGCAGACGACGUCUCUCAAGCCGCUCCAUCUCGGCCCGUCCUCCCACCCAUCGCACCCUUGCUCAGGGCCGGACAUAGGCAAUACCAUCACUCCGCCGAGAUCUUCCAAACCAGCUCGGACAUCCUCAGCCGUCUCGACCACCUCCUACACCAUCACCAGCCCAUGACCAACGAAUCCUGGCCUCAGCACGAACAAACCGACUCCUUCGGCACCAGCCUCGCCAACACCGCUCACGCAAACCACCACGCAUCCAGCCCCCCGAAGCCGCUCGACCACUGCCUCCGCGACGAGCUGCAGGCCGUGUGGACAUCCCGCGCUUUCAUCGCCCAGGACCCCGACCCCGGCCGCCGCUAUCGCCGGCUCCUUGCCGCGGCGUACUUUGCUAGUGCUUGUCUUGGUCUUGAGCCGCGGGAGAAUGCUGCGCGGGAGUGGCUGUGUGCAGAGGAGAGGCGGAUGCGGGAGAUGGGGUGUGAGCCUACCAAGACUGCGCAGCUGCUGGAUUUUCUUCAGGAGGUUGGGAUAUGGUAUCUGCGACAGGCUCAGCGUUAG